ACACUCCAGCACACUGGCACACACACUUCACAUAUUUUAUAUUUAUGCGAGUAAAAAAAGUGUACAAAAUUUGUGGAAAAAAAAUCGGGAAAAAAAUUUAAUAAUUCCAAAGAUUUUUAGUAGAAUUCGUACCGUUAUUGUGUUAGCAUAAUGGGUAACGUGUUGGCUGCAUCAUCACCGACAUCGACGACAAUGUCUGGACAAUCAGGGUCAGGUGUCCUACCACCCCCUUCAUCACCACCGAUGUCCACUCUGCCGGCAUCCCUGACCGAGGCAAUAAAGGCUGAAAUCAAGAGAACGCCAGUAAUUUUAGAAAAUCCCGGAACCGUUGAGGAGUUGCAUAAUAAGUGCAGAGAAAUACAGGCCAGCACUUUUGAGGGUGCUCGCAUCAUGCUGAACAAGGGAUUGAGCAAUCACUUUCAAAUCUCGCACACCCUGAACAUGACAGCCUCGUCGAGUAAUGGCUAUCGCUUUGGGGCCACUUAUGUGGGAUGCAAACAAUAUGGACCCACGGAGGCAUUUCCCGUCUUACUCGCCGAUAUUGAUGCCUCGGGAAAUCUAAAUGCGAAUAUCAUACAUCAGAUGUCUUCGCGAUUGCGUUGCAAAUUUGCUGCCCAAUUUCAGGACUCUCGCCUGAUGGCCACACAACUGACUAAUGAUUAUCGUGGUGAUAAUUACUCUGCCUCCUUGACACUGGGUAAUCCUGGCAUUCUGUCUGGUUCUGGUGUCGUGGUCGCCCAAUAUCUACAAUCGAUAACUCGUCGUCUGGCCAUGGGCACCGAAUUGGCCUAUCAGUAUGGUCCAAAUGUUCCAGGACGUCAGAUAGCUCUACUCUCUCUGGUGGGACGUUAUGGGGAUAAGGAUUGCGUGUGGUCGGGCACAUUGGGCCUGAAUGGUUUGCACGUCUGUUACUAUCGGAAGGCCAGUGAUCAGCUCCAGAUUGGUGUGGAAGUGGAGACAAGUCUGCGAAUGCAGGAAUCGGUGACGACAUUAGCCUAUCAAGUUGAUUUACCCAAGGCGGAUUUAGUAUUUCGCGGUUCUUUCGAUUCCAAUUGGCAUGUCUGCGGGGUCCUGGAGAAACGUUUGCAGCCCCUCCCCUUUGCUUUUGCCCUUAGCGGUCGUAUGAAUUAUGUCAAGAGUGUCUUUACGUUAGGUUGUGGUCUGAUGAUUGGAUAAAAGGGAUGAUGAUAAUCUUCGCCAGAAAAAGUAGUUUCACUUUUAUUUUGUUUGUGUUUUCGAUUUCGUAAAAAUUCAAAAUUCUCUCUAUUAACUGUAAUUUGGCCAAAAUGUGUGCGAUGUAUACAUAUGUAUAAAGAUGUUCAUUGUAAUAAAUUAUAACGAUAACGACAAUAAA